GCUCUUACUCUUUUUGCAAGUUGGAAGUCGCUCGCACGUAUUACCAGAACAUCCAAUGUCUAAAUUCGAAUUCGUGCGUAUAUAACGAUAUAAAUUCUACCUAGGACCAGAACUCAUAAAAAUACAUAACUUUUAGAGUUCACGGCCUUGGACUAAGCACACGAGUAUGUGUUCGACAAUAUUUGCGUAACUCUGAAAAGUAGCAUGUUCAUUGGGAUGGGCAGCCCUUAGCAACAGUUCAGGAUUUGUUUUUGGAAACACCAGCGCGCACGCAAGGCCAUUUCUGCUCCCUGCAUGAACAAUACACGGUUUAACUACCCUCAUGAAAUGGAAUCCCGUGAAGAUGGGUUUGUCAACGAACUUGAAGACAGGGUUCGGUUUCUCACCGACGAAAAUGUACAGCUGCGGGACAAGAACGAGCGUCUCUUCAACAGACUGGGUAGCCUGCAGUCUAAACUGGGUCAGCUGGCCGGAUCAAAGACCGACCUCUCUUCCAAACUGGUCAACUGCGAAGAGGAGAAACUGAAGAUGGCAAAGGAUCUAAUUGAUGUCCAGAUACACACUAAUAAGAUGAGGGAGCAAUAUGAAGCAGAAACAUUUGAGCUGAAAAACAAGAUUUUGUUUCAGGAGAAUCAACUCAUGGAAAUGGAGAUGGAGCGGGACAGGCUGCACAGAGACAUCCAGCACACUAGGGGGCGUCUGCAGGUGGCUGAUAAGAGUUACAAAGAGCUGGUGGAUGAGUACAUCACUCUGAAGAGCAACUACUUGGUUCUGAGUGAGUCUCACGAGAAGGAGGUCUGCAGGAACGAGGAGCUGAGUGCAGAGUUGCUGAGCCUGGCGAACGCGCAGGACUCUCUCCUCAGGCAGCAGGAGAACCAGGCCCGCUCCCAGGCUGUGUACGGAGAGACUGCCCACGAGCUGGAGAGGGUACGGGCUCUCGUCAGCAGGAUGUCCCAACACAGGGCGAGGUCUGAAGAGCUGGCAGCCUCAGAACAAGAGCGGAAAGCUGUUGAGAGAAGUAUUCUUGGAAACCAGGAUCAGAUUAAAGAAGAGCUGGAGAGGAUGAAGAAGAGCUACGAGGAACAGCAGCGCAGGCUGGAGGAGAAAGUGGUGGCAAUGGGCAAGGAGCAACAGGAGAACAAGAGAGCCAUCCGCAGCACCCAACACAAACUGGCAGAGCAGUCUGCAGCUCUGCUCAGCUCAAAGAGCCAGCUGAAGGAGGUGGAGGUGGAGAACUCCAGGUUGCAGAUGCAGGUGAAGGAGCUGAAUGAGGAAUACCGUGCUCGGCUGGUGCGCUACCUGACGGACCUAGCGGAGUAUGUGGACGGGCUGAGUGACGGACAGGGAGCCCAAAGGCCUCCAGAGCGUGCCCAGAUGAAGAACUUUGUGGACAGCAUGCUGCAGGACGUCAGGGCCUCCUACAGAUCUCGGGAGGAGCAGCUGUCCAGUGCGGCCCGUGCAUACAAAAAGAGGCUGCAGAAGCUGGUCAAAACCCACGAGGCUCUGCUCAUUGCAUACAGAAUGCAGCGGGAGCAGAUUCUGGCCCUGGGUGAGCGCGGGCUGGACCCGGGGCCCCCGGAGGCUCACUUCGGCCUGACGGACAGCGAGCUGCAGGUGGAACAGAGCAGGGAGCUGCAGAGGCUGCGGGAGGACAAGGCCAGGCUGGAGAGCCAGCUGAGGGAUGCACUGGAGCAGGUACAGCAUAGCACAGAGGAGAGGCCAUUAAUGCACCAGAAGAAUGUACGUUCUCACCCUGUUCAGAGUGUCAGCUUCCAGGAGUCACGGAAUUCUGGGAAAAUCACAGAAGAUGGCUGGUCUGAUAUUAGGAAGCAGCUGAGGGAAUUCACGCAUUCUACUCAGGAAGAGCAGGAAAGGGAGCGUGCCCAGCUCAUCACCCGGGCCACAGUUGCUGAGGAACAGGCGUUGGAGCUUCAGGACUACGUGGAUAAGCACCUUGGCAGGUAUAAGCAGGAAGUGACGCGGCUCCGCAGGCUGUUGCGUACGGAGGCGGGCCGAGCCCAUAGUGCACAGACCCCUGAGCCCCGAGCUCUGCGCCGCUCGAAGAAGACCCCCAGCUAUGAGAUCUGAGCGGACCAGGUGCCUCCUCACACCACCGGGGCUCCACACUGGAGCCAAACACUAGGGGACCCUGCAGCACCUCUCACUGAUCCAUGUACUUUCCUCUGGAAGGAGCAGUGGAGAGUGAUUGCACGCCCCAAAGUUAUAUGAUUCCAUGGUGUACUGCUAUAGCACCCAUAUGUACCCAUAUGUCUAAAUCCCAAUUAGAUCACAAUUUAACAGUUUCCAACGCAGGCACUGGCAGACCAAUGUAUCCGGACUUUACAGAAUGACAGUAAAUCAGAUCACAUGUUUGAGUGAAAUUUGCUUUAAUAAUUAAUCUACUAUUACAACAAGUUUUGAAUUUGUGAAAAGGUUUACAUAUCGAUCUAAUGCCAAAAAAUGUCAUUUCAUAAUGCUUCCAUCAAUGUAAAUUAAUAAAAUGUUAACCAUUA